AAAAUAUUCGAAAUAAACUCCCCGUUCGACUCAGAAAAUUAACGCUAUGACUGCGUCAAACGGCGACAUCGUCAAGGACGAUGAAGCAAUUCAAUCGCAUUAUAAAACCAACAUUAUUUUGGGUGAAUCCUUUCGAUCCAAUAACAAAGAAUGCAAAAGCUUUGAACCAAAUAAGCCCAAAAAAAAUAAGCAUGACGAAACCGAAGAUAACGACGACGAUGGCAAACCAAAGGAAGAAAUUCCGCAAGUUGGAUAUUUCAAAAUCUUUCGUUACGCCACAAAUAGAGAUAGAGCGCUAUACGCGCUCGGUCUAAUUUGUGCCGUGGUGACAGGCCUAACAACCCCGGCGAACAGUUUGAUUUUCGGCAAUCUUAUAAAUAACAUGGUGGACUAUGGAGAUCCUGCAGGCAAAAUGUAUACGCGCGCAGAUCCCGCUUCUGAGGCGCUUCUGGAUGCUGUCGAUACCUUUGCUAUUCAAAACACAUACAUUGGAGUAAUAAUGCUGGUUUGCAGUUAUAUUUCAAUAACGUGCUUCAAUUACGCGGCACACUCGCAAAUACUGAUCAUACGUUCCAAGUUCUUUCGGUCCGUCCUUCAUCAGGACAUGAGCUGGUAUGAUUUUAACAAGACUGGCGAGGUUAGCAGCAGAAUAAAUGAGGAUCUGUCCAAGAUGGAGGAUGGUCUGGGGGAGAAGGUGGUGAUGUUUGUUCACUAUAUAACAGCAUUCAUUGGCUCGCUAGUGCUGGCGUUUGUAAAGGGCUGGCAGCUGUCAUUGGUUUGCCUGACCAGCUUGCCCGUCACCUUUAUAGCUAUGGGCCUAGUGGCCGUAGCCACAUCCAAACUGGCCAAGCAGGAGCUGACGGUGUAUGCCGGAGCAGCCACUGUGGCUGAGGAAGCUUUGAGUGGAGUGCGUACUGUGAAGGCUUUUGAAGGGGAGUACAAGGAGGUGGCAGCGUAUAAGGAGAGAAUUGUAGAUGCCAGGGAUCUGAACAUAAAACGAAAUAUGUUCUCAGGAUUAGGUUUCGGUCUACUAUGGUUCUUCAUUUAUGCCUCUUACGCUCUUGCCUUCUGGUAUGGUGUGGGUCUAGUGCUUAAAAGGGACGAAGGUAUCGAGGCAUAUGCGAACUACGAUGCAGGCACGAUGAUAACCGUUUUCUUCUCGGUUAUGAUGGGUAGCAUGAACAUUGGUAUGGCCUCGCCCUACAUUGAGGCGUUUGGCAUUGCCAAAGGAGCCUGUGCCAAGGUCUUUCACAUAAUUGAGAAAAUACCCAUCAUAAAUCCGAUCGAGCCUCGUGGACGCAACCUCGACGAACCUCUCAUUGAAAUUGAGUUCCGUGAUGUCGAAUUCGAGUAUCCCACACGUCCCGAUAUUCCCUUACUGAGGAAACUGAAUUUGAACAUUUUCCGGGGUCAAACGGUGGCGUUGGUUGGGCCCUCGGGUUGUGGUAAGUCAACUUGCAUACAGCUGCUGCAACGAUUCUAUGAUCCAAGUGGUGGCGCCCUUUACUUCAACGGCAUCGACGUCAAGGAUAUUAACAUUAACUGGCUGCGUGAGCGAAUUGGUGUGGUAGGUCAGGAGCCUGUGCUGUUCGGACAGUCCAUCUAUGAGAAUAUUCGAUAUGGUCGAGAAGACGCCACUAGGGAAGAAAUCGAAUUGGCAGCAAGUGCGGCGAACGCGGCCAUAUUUAUUAAGAAACUACCCAAGGGCUAUGACACGCUGGUGGGCGAGCGAGGCGCCCAAUUAUCUGGCGGCCAGAAACAAAGAAUUGCCAUUGCCCGAGCCCUUAUUCGCGAUCCCGAAAUACUGCUGCUGGACGAGGCCACCUCCGCUCUGGACACGGCCAGUGAGGCAAAGGUACAAGCGGCGCUAGAAAAAGCCAGCAAAGGACGAACCACCAUCAUUGUCGCACAUCGUUUGUCUACUGUACGUCGCGCUGACAAGAUUGUCGUCAUCAACAAAGGCCAGGUGGUAGAGAGCGGAACGCACCAGGAGCUGAUGCAGCUGAAGAAUCACUACUUUAACUUGGUUACCACACAAAUGGGGGAUGAGGACGAUGCGUUGUUCAGUCCGUCAGGAGAUGUUGAAAAAACUCUGGCUGUAAAGGACGAGGAUGAGGAGGAUAUUCAGGUACUCCAUGACGAGAGCGAAGAGGAGGAAAAACUAAAGAAGGUCAAGAGCAAGGAGAAGAGCUCCCCAAUGAAGUCUGUGAUGAGAAUGAAUCAGCCGGAAUGGCCACAGAUUACAAUCGGCUGCAUAUCCUCAAUCAUCAUGGGCUGUGCAAUGCCCGUUUUUGCCGUUCUCUUCGGCAGCAUUAUAGAGGUGUUGGCUACGCCAAACGAUCCCGAGUAUGUGCGCGAUAGUACCAAUCAAUAUAGCUUGUACUUCCUGAUAGCUGGAGUUGUCGUUGGUAUUGCUACGUUCCUGCAAAUUUACUUCUUCGGCAUUGCUGGCGAGCGACUUACCGAGCGCCUCAGGGGAUUGUUGUUCGAGGGAAUGCUUAACCAGGAAAUUGCUUGGUUCGAUGAUCGAGCGAAUGGAACUGGUAGUCUAUGUGCUAGAUUAUCUGGCGAUGCGGCUGCAGUGCAGGGUGCUACGGGGCAACGCAUUGGCACAAUUAUUCAAUCUGUUGCAACAUUGCUAUUGGGAAUUUCUUUGGCCAUGUACUAUGAGUGGAGCUUAGGUUUAGUGGCCCUAGCCUUCACACCCUUCAUUCUCAUAGCAUUCUACUUGCAACGCAUUAUCAUGAGUCAGGAGAAUAUGGGUAAUGCAAAAACAAUGGAGAAUAGCACUAAACUGGCCGUCGAAGUAGUAUCCAACAUACGUACUGUUGUCUCUCUGGGUAGAGAGGAGAUGUUCCAUUCCACCUACAUUGGCAUGUUAUAUCCUGCGGUUCAGAGGGCAAAAAGGAAUACUCAUUCUCGUGGUGUGGUUUACGGUCUGGCGAGGUCCCUAAUGUUCUUUGCAUACGCCACGUGCAUGUACUACGGCGGUUGGUGUGUUGUUAACCGAGGUACGGAUAUCGGUGAUGUUUUCAAAGUAUCCCAGGCGCUAAUCAUGGGUACCGCUUCGAUUGCAAACGCACUGGCCUUCGCCCCAAACAUGCAGAAAGGUAUCUCGGCUGCGGAAUCGAUUUUCAAAUUCCUGAAACGUGUGCCACAAAUCCAGGACAGUCCCGGCGUAUCCCGCGAGCCAUGGCACUCAAAUGGCAAUGUGCAAUAUCGUGAAGUCGAGUUCUCAUAUCCCACACGCAAGGAGGUCUCGGUUUUAAAUAAAUUAAAUAUGAAUGUCCUUACGGGCCAAACAGUGGCCCUAGUCGGCCCCUCUGGCUGCGGCAAGUCCACCUGCAUACAAUUGUUGCAGCGUUUCUACGACGUCGACGGGGGAUCGGUGAGCGUCGACGACGUGGACUUGCGUGAGCUAUCCAUGUCCAACCUGCGCAAGCAACUUGGCAUUGUUUCGCAGGAGCCGAUUCUAUUCGAUCGCACUAUACGGGAUAAUAUAGCGUAUGGCGACAAUGGCAGGAUGGUUUUGGAGCAGGAGAUCAUAGCAGCUGCUAAAAAAUCAAAUAUACACGAAUUUAUAGCAGCGUUGCCAUUGGGCUAUGACACGCGCAUGGGCGAAAAGGGCGCACAACUGUCUGGUGGCCAAAAGCAGCGUAUUGCCAUUGCACGCGCCUUGAUCCGCAAUCCCAAAAUAUUGCUGCUGGACGAAGCCACAUCUGCGCUAGAUGCUGAGAGUGAAAAGGUGGUGCAAGAUGCCUUGGAUGCAGCAGCCGAGGGUAGGACAACCAUUAGCAUAGCUCACAGAUUGUCAACCAUUGUGGACUCAGACAUUAUUUACGUGUUUGAAAAUGGCGUUAUCUGCGAGAGUGGAUCCCACAAGGAGCUUUUAAGUAACAGAGGACUCUAUUAUACUCUCUACAAAUUGCAAACUGGCGCCAUGUAAACUAUCUAUUUUCUACAUACGAAUUUCGAUCAAAAACUAAUGCCAAGCUAGCCUACCUUUAGACUAAUUACCAAUUAGUAUUCGAUAAGGCUUAUAUUUUUUAAGUUUAUUUAUUAAAUAACUUCACACGCAAUAGGAUGAAACUGCGGGAUGGUGUUUAUUGGUAGACCAAUAAAGGGCGCAUCGUGACGAAAAGGAAGCGAUUUUUUCAUGUUUGUAAAUAUUUUUAUGUAUGUAAUAUUUGUUCUCGUAUAAUAAAAUUUAAAUCGAUCUGUUAAA